AUGUCAUUGACAAGUACAGAACUAAACUACUUGGUGUGGAGAUAUCUUCAAGAGGCAGGCUUUGAACUAGCUGCGUUUGCGUUGGAGAAGAAUGCUCGUUGUCUGGACUAUGAGCGGGACGAUAAUCUGCAAUUAAUUUCGAAGAUACAACCAGGAUGUUUAGUCAAUCUAGUACAGAAGGGGAUGUUAUAUUCGUUAGCCGAGGACGAGGCUUCCGAAGAACCUGACAAAAAUAACUUAUCAUUCUUUGGCACUUUAUUAAGAGAAGAAAUAGAAAAUGGAAACAUAAAUGAUGAAGAUACAAAUGGUGACGAAGAUAGUGAAAAGAAACGAUUCCUAUUGAAGUCAGAAGUACCUAUAAAUGGGACAAAUGAAACUACAACAGAAAUGGAAAUUGAUAGUAUAGAGGAAACUAGUACCCAAACAUCCAAUGAAGAGUUUACCACCAAAAUAAUAACACCAAGAAUAACAUAUGAUGAAAGUUUAGUUUCUCUGUGGCAUCCAAGUACAGAAGUAUUUGCAUAUGGUAAAGAUAAUUCAAGUGCUAUUAUAAAUGCCAUCAAAGAUGAUUCUAUAGCCGAGUCUGUUAAUUUGGUGCAUCCAAACGUAUUAAAUCUCAUAAAUGAAAUCAACGUAGUUUCUUGGUCUCCUCAUGGUAAUGUGUUGGUGACAGCUGGAAGUAAUGGUGAAUUAAGAGCUUGGUCUCCAGAUGGAAAGUUAAGAAACAUAGCUCAUCUAUUUAAUGAUGAUAUACCUGUUGAAGGUGCUUCUACCCCUAAUAUAACUGAUCUUCUUUGGAGUGAAUCAGGUCAAUUACUUUUAUGUAUAGAUACUCAUGGUCAAGUCAGUAUAUGGAAUGGUAAUACAUUAUCGUUGAUCAAACAAAUCAAUCCUCCUCAUAUAUCAGAUAACUCCAAUACCCUAAUAGCUGCUACUUGGCUUGGGGAUGACAAAUUCGCCGUUUCUACCAUCAAAAAUUCAAUCAAAAUUUAUUCUGUCGAUAUACAACAACAACCAGCAGAUAUUCAAACAGUUGGCUUCCUUCAUGGCCAUGAGAAUACAAUAACGAACUUAAAAUUAAAUGAUCAAUCUAAAUUAUUAGCUUCAAGUUCUGAUUUCGAUUAUCAAAUUAAAGUAUGGAGUAGAGGUUCAUCUCAAGAGGGUCUUGAUUUAAAUGUUCCUGGUGAUAGUAUAAAACCCCAUAAUUCUCCGAUAGUUGGAUUGGAAUGGCUUCAAAACUUAAACAAUACUGAUAGUGUGCUAUUAUCAGUGUCAAUAGAUGGUGUAUUAAAUAUCUGGAAUGCUGUAUCAGGAGUCAAUUUAUUAAGUACAGAAUUAUUCAAGAAUAGUGAUAACUUUAAAAUUUCCGAUGAAUCAGAUGUGAAUAUCAAACAAGAUGCAUUAGUAUUUACAGUGUCUCUUUCAUCAGAUCAUAAAUAUCUUGCCUUAGGUGAUGAUCUAGGAAGAGUCAGUAUAUGGGAUGUAUCAUCUGAAGCAUAUACAAGUUCAGGAUCAGGACCUAAAUCUGUAUUAAAAUGUUUAGCUGUUUUUGCGGCUAACAUACCUAACGAUCUUUCUUCAAUAGAUUCAAAGACAGGUAUAUGUGAUAUUCAUUGGGACAACAGUUCUGCUAACUUGUCUGUAUCUUAUCGUGGUGUAAAGAGUGUUAUACUUGGUUGGAAAGAUUAA